AUGGAGGAACUCGUCGCAAUGCAGCAGAUUGCGUUGCAGACAGUGGCGAAAGCCCUGUCUAAUUUCAAGAAGAUCGGGAAGCCGAAUUACACGCCGGCGAAAAUACGAUCUCGCAUCACCGCCUUGAAGGAAGCCUGGACGCAGUGCACGAAUAGACAUGCCGCUCUACUGCAAGCAGUUCCCGCCGACGAACGAUCGAAGUCCACGUAUUUCACGCAGGACGAUUACGAGAAGCACGAGGAGCUCUACCUCAUGGCGCUGGACUACAUGAACGAGUGUCUGGAGGAGCUGGAGCCUCCCGUGUCCACCUCACCAUUGGCAAGCUCGUCGCAUCAUUUCUGCGCGCCCGCACCGGUAUCGUUGCAACAUUUACCGCCUAUUAAUAUUCCUCCAUUUUCCGGGAAAGCAGAGGACUGGGAAAGUUUUCGAGAUAGAUUCACAUCCCUUAUUAUUCUCAAUAAGGACCUAACCGCAUUCUCUCGGAUGCAUUUUCUAGCAUCCAGCUUGUCAGGUCGUGCUCUCGAUACUAUCAAAACUAUUCCAGUCACUGCAGAUAAUUUCGAUAUUGCGUGGAAAACUUUAACUUCGCGUUACGAUAACAAGCGCCGUCUAAUCGAAAUUCACGCGUCCGCUUUAUGUAAUUUGCCGAGCGUCAAUCGCGAAUCGGCAUGCGAGUUAUCCGAGUUGCGGGAUAAAGCUAAUCGUGCCAUAGCAUCGCUAAAGAGAUUAAAUCGCUCCUCGGAUGAAAUUUUAAGUGACAUUCUAAGUCACCACGUCACGCAAAAGCUCGAUCCAGCAACCCGGAAGGCGUGGAGAUUGAAAGGUGAUGAUGCGACAAUUCCUACGUACGAGGAUCUCGAUCGUUUUCUCGCGCAUCGCGUUCGCGCCUUGGAGGAGCUCACUCCUCUCGGCUCAGCCAAGUCCUCGCGAUGGAUAAAAUCGUCGAGCGCCAUGGUAGCGACGGCUUCGAUCUCGCCGUGUCCGCUCUGUAAAUCGGCCCACUUCUUGAAUAAGUGCCCUCAAUUCGUGCAGAAGAGUCCGAGCCAGAGAUUGGAGAUCGCGAAACAGCAUCAACGAUGCGUAAAUUGCUUCAGUGCUAAGCACGCCGUCUCAGCGUGUCCAAGCCGUUUUUCAUGUCGUCACUGUCAAAAACGACAUCAUUCCAUGCUCCAUCUUGACUCGGCCUCUUCCGCUACUGCGACAGUUAGUGCAUCCGAUUCCGAGACCCCGGCGUCGAACAAUUCCGAUAAAUCUCCGAAAACAGUGGCAUUAUGCGCGAUGUCGGCAAAUCUCGCCCGACCGCCGGUAGUCCUCGCCACUGCACGCGUGUUCGUCGGACCUCUCGCCGGUCGUCAAGUCGCUGCACGAGCAUUGAUUGACACCGGAGCGGAACUCACACUCGUUGCGGCUCAUUUAGCAAAAAAAUUAAAACUGCGUCGGUUCAUACUGCCUACCGCCUUGUCCGCCGUCGGCGGCCUUGACGCGGGCAUUCAUCGUUACGCCGCGCACAUUCAAAUCUCACCGAUCGACGGGAUCGAGCCGCCGGUCAUUACAACAGCGACGAUUUUGAGGUCGCUUGCUAGUUACUCGUCAGCGUCUAUUCAAUCUCCUCUUCAAUGGGAUCAUCUCGCGGAUCUCACUCUCGCAGAUCCAAAUUCUUCAAGUACAGAUCCCAUUGAUCUCAUAAUCGGCGCUGACAUCUACGCAGACAUAAUGCGAGAUGGAGUUCGCAGAGGAUCUCGCGGUCAGCCUAUUGCUCAAGAAACGAUCUUCGGCUGGAUUGUUCAAGGCCGCACGCCUCUGUCGACUUCGUCUCGUCGGACCAUUACAGUGCAGCAUUGUACGAUCGCGGAAUCCGUUUCACUUGAUAGCGAAUUAAGAAGAUUUUGGGAAAUCGAGGAAAUUCCGAGGCACACGAUACUCAGCCCGGAAGAGCAGAGAUGCGAGAAUCAUUUUUUAACUUCUCAUUCGCGCACUCCCGCCGGUCAGUACAUAGUUCGUCUGCCGUUCAAGAGUGGUCCUCCCAUCGAUAUUGGUACCUCGCGCGAUGUAGCGGAGCGAUGCCUCAAGACUUUGCUACGCCGUCUUCAAGCCAAUUUCGAUUUAAAAAGGGAGUACUCAGACUUCCUACAAGAGAAUGAAAAUCUCGGGCACAUGCGCAAGGCUCCCGAAUCUUCAGAAUCUUCUCAAUUCGUCUAUAUUCCGCACCAUCCCGUAAUACGCGAAAGCAGUGCGACGACUCGAGUAAGAGUCGUAUUCAAUGCGUCGAGCCCCACCUCGAAUUCUCGGUCACUUAAUGACCACCUUCUCGCGGGGCAGAAAUUACAAACGGACUUGGCUGCGGUGCUUUUACGCUGGCGACAGUAUCGCUACGUUUAUUCUGCCGACGUCGCAAAAAUGUACCGGCAGAUUCGCGUCGAUCCCCGGGACACAGACUAUCAAAGGAUCCUCUGGAUCGACGAGAAAACCGGAAAAGUACAAGAGUAUCAGCUCUUGACCGUAACCUACGGUACAACUUCGGCGCCGUUCUUAGCUUUGCGAGUCCUGCAGCAGCUCAUCCAUGAUGACGGUCGCGAUUUUCCUCUAGCUGUUCCCGUGCUUAAGGAGAACAUUUACGUGGAUGACGUGCUUUUCGGUGCGGACGAGAUUUCACUCAUCCGUACGGUUUGCAAUCAAGUGUGCUCCUUGCUGCAACGCGGUCAUUUCGAAUUAAGAAAAUGGUCGAGCAACGCGGCUCAUUUGCUAAGUGACAUUGACGCGCAAGAUCAUGGACUCGCUUGCAGCAAGGAUCUACAUCCGGACGAGACAUUAAAGGUGCUCGGUAUUAGUUGGAUUCCGUCGGCUGACGCAUUUCAAUUUAGAGUCGUGCGCUGUCCCUCGCCCGCGCAAACGAAGCGCGCCAUGCUCUCGUACAUCGCUCGUAUCUUUGAUCCGUUGGGCUUAGGCACGCCCGUUACAAUCUCCGCGAAAAUUCUCUUGCAAAAGCUAUGGCAGCUCCGCGUCGACUGGGACAAUGAGGUUUCCACCGAUAUCGCAAGGCAAUGGGAAUCCGUGCAAUCGUCCUUGCUAGAACUCGAUAACUUCCACCUCCCGCGGUGGAUUCAAAAGGGAUCGGACACGGUCGACUGCGAAAUCCACGGGUUUUCGGACGCGUCUAACUAUGCCUACGCCGCAGCGAUUUAUAUUCGGCUCACCGCUCGCUCAGGCAACAUCACGACUGCCUUGCUAGUCGGAAAGUCAAAGGUCGCGCCGAUCAAGACAUUGACUGUUCCGCGUCUCGAAUUAUCGGCAGUCGUGUUAAUGUCGCGAUUAACGAGGUUCGUCAUGGACGCAUUGCACAUUACCUCCGCUCCCUGCUUUUGCUGGACGGACUCAACCGUCGUGCUCGCGUGGGUCACACAACAUCCCUCGAAGUGGAAGACUUUCAUUUCAAAUCGGGUUGCCGAAAUUCAAACCCGACUUCCGUCCGCUUCGUGGCGAUAUGUUCCCACGGAUGAAAACCCCGCGGAUUGUGCGUCGCGAGGAGUCUCGGAAAGUCAGCUCGUCUCGCAUCCUCUUUGGUGGCACGGUCCCGCGUGGCUAAGGAUGCCUGAUUCUGAGUGGCCGACGAUAAGCGCAUCACUCUCAGACAUCGCGUUAAAGGAGAACUCGCGCGCGACAGUUCAAAUCGCUAGCGUAACGGAAUCAUGGGAGCUCGCAGACCGAUAUUCCUCGUGGCCAAAGCUCAUUCGAGUGAGCGCGUACAUUCUUAGAUUUAUAUCGCGGAUUCGAAGGCGUGACGAGAUCGCUCUUCGGUCGGAAAGUCCGUCUUCAUUGACCGCGAGCGAAGUACGAGCUUCAAAAAAAUUUUGGGUGAGAUACAUUCAACGCCAACUUUUCCCGCUCGAAAUACGCGCUCUCACUCAAAGUAAGUCGGUUCCUUCGAAGAGUCCACUCGUCUCUCUCAAUCCGUUCCUGGAUGAAGAACAAAUAAUUCGGGUUGGCGGGCGGCUAUCUCAGGCCCCGAUACCCGCUCAAGCUCGACAUCCGAUAGUACUCGGCUCUCACCCGCUGGUCCGCUUACUCAUUUUUCAUACUCACUUGCGCACUCUUCAUGCAGGAACGCAAUUGAUCCUUGCUACGUUACGGCAAGAAUUCUGGCUACUCAGAGCUCGAAGCAUGGUCAGAUCGAUUCUGCACGGGUGCGUAACCUGUGCUCGCGAGAGAGCUCUCACUCCAUCUCAACUAAUGGGAGACCUUCCCAAGGUCAGAGUGACUCCUCCCGCGCGCGCGUUCCUUCACAGCGGGCUGGACUAUGCGGGUCCAGUACUAAUUCGAUCGCGAUCGGGUCGCGGAGUCGCUUCGGCAAAGGCGUAUAUCGCACUAUUCGUGUGCAUGGCAACACGCGCCGUGCAUCUCGAACUCGUCGAAGGUUAUUCUACUCCCGCAUUUCUCGGAGCCUAUUCCCGUUUUGUAGCGCGGCGAGGUCUUCCCGAAUCGAUUUAUUCUGAUAAUGGGACUACCUUCGUUGGGGCGGAUCGCGAACUCGCUGCAGCGUUUCGCGCAACUCUUCGGGAUCCCGAUUUGCAGAAUCGCACGGCCGCAGAUAGUGUCUCGUGGCAUUUUAUACCUCCUUCCGCUCCUCAUUUCGGGGGGUUAUGGGAGGCCGGUGUCCGUAGCACAAAGCAUCAUAUUCGGCGUGUUGUGGGGGCUCAUACUCUGACCUUCGAGGAGUUCUCCACGCUACUAUGUAAUAUCGAGGCGUGUUUAAAUUCGCGUCCAUUAGCAUCUCUUUCUGACUCGCUGGAUGACUAUACUUUCUUAACUCCGGGGCAUUUCCUCAUAGGCUCCGCGCUUAAUUCGAUCCCGGAGCCCUCGCUGUUGCAAGUCAAAGAAAAUCGGUUGACGAGGUGGCAGCUCGUUCGCCAACUGACCAAACGUCUGUGGAAAGUUUGGCAACAAGACUAUAUUAAUACGCUGCAACAGCGAGUUAAAUGGGAGCGCAUAAAUCCACACGCACUUCGGGUCGGACAACUCGUCCUAUUGCGAAACUCGCUCCUCCCUCCGUGCAAAUGGGAGCUUGGGCGGAUUAGUCUGUGUCAUCCGGGAUCGGAUGGUCUGAUUCGUGUCGUGACCGUUAAAACAGCAUCUUCGGAGUAUAAGCGGCCUAUCAGCAAAAUAUGUAUUUUGUCAAUCGAUAUCGAGAAUGCGUCUAAUGGCGAGGACGAAGCGUCGUCUUAA